ACCUGAGAAAAUAACUAAUCUCUCUGUCAGAAAUAAUUCAACAAAUACUUUAUUCCUGACAUGGACUGCUCCUUCUGGACAGCACAGCUACUACAUUGUUAAUGCUUUUAACAUUAGUGGAAAUUCAUUGACAAAUAUGAGUGUAAUGACUGACUCUGCAACCAUAACUGGACUGACUCCUGGUGGAUCCUACAAUGUCAGCAUUUCAGCAGUUUCAUUGGACAACAUCACUACAGGGGACAGUGUAGUAACCAGUAGUUCUACAAGACCUGAGAAAAUAACUAAUCUCUCUGUCACAAAUAAUUCAACAAAUACUUUAUUCCUGACAUGGACUGCUCCUUCCGGACUGCACAGUUACUACAUUGUUAAUGCUGUUAACAUUAGUGGAAAUUCAUUGACAAAUAUGAGUGUAAUGAGUGAAUCUGCAAUCAUAACUGGACUGACUCCUGGUGGAUCCUACAAUGUCAGCAUUUCAGCAGUUUCAUUGGACAACACAACUACAGGGGACAGUGUAGUAACCAGCAGAUUUACACGACCUGAGAAAAUAACUAAUCUCUCUGUCAGAAAUAAUUCAACAAAUACUUUAUUCCUGACAUGGACUGCUCCUUCCGGACUGCAAAGCUACUACAUUGUUAAUGCUGUUAACAUUAGUGGAAAUUUGUUGACAAAUAUGAUUGUAAUGACUGACUCUGCAACCAUAACUGGACUGACUCCUGGUGGAUCCUACAAUGUCAGCGUUUCAGCAGUUUCAUGGGACAACACAACUACAGGGGACAGUGUAGUAACCAGUAGUUCUACAAGACCUGAGAAAAUAACUAAUCUCUCUGUCAGAAAUAAUUCAACAAAUACUUUAUUCCUGACAUGGACUGCUCCUUCCGGACUGCACAGCUACUACAUUGUUAAUGCUGUUAACAUUAGUGGAAAUUUGUUGACAAAUAUGACUGUAAUGUCUGACUCUGCAACCAUAACUGGACUGACUGCUGGUGGAUACUACAAUGUCAGCAUUUCAGCAGUUUCAUGGGACAACACAACUACAGGGGACAGUGUAGUAACCAGUAGUUCUACAAGACCUGAGAAAAUAACUAAUCUCUCUGUCAGAAAUAAUUCAACAAAUACUUUAUUCUUGACAUGGACUGCUCCUUCUGGACUGCACAACUACUACAUUCUUAAUGCUGUUAACAUUAAUGGAAGUUCAUUGUCAAAUAUGAGUGUAAUGACUGACUCUGCAACCAUAACUGGACUGACUCCUGGUGGAUCCUACAAUGUCAGCAUUUCAGCAGUUUCAUGGGACAACACAACUACAGGGGACAGUGUAGUAACCAGUAGUUCUACAAGUAAGUGCUUUUGA